UGCUGGGUGAUCGGAGGAUAUACAUAUAAAAACAUUCCAUUCUGCUAUGUGGUUGAAGCAGCCCGUUGUUGAAAGAGCUGCUCAGGGAGGAGCGUAAACUGUAUAUAAAGGUUGUUCCACACAAACACUCAAUACUCAUUGUUGGAGCAGAAGAUAUUAACUAUAUGAUGGAGAAAUUAUUCCUUUUCACUGCGUUGAUGAUUUCAACAUGCUGUGCUGUAACACAAGAUCUCUCAGGAAAGGUGUUUGUUUUCCCCAAGGAGACUAACACUGACCAUGUUAAACUCCUCACAACCAGAUCUACAUUCUACAACGUGACAGUGUGCCUGAGAUUUCUUACAGAUCUCAACAGGGCUUACAGUCUCUUCUCUGUGUCUACUCCAACGGUAGAAAAUGCCUUUUUGAUCUAUGGGGAGCCAGCAAAUCAUGUAUUCCAUGUCAAUUCUGGCUCCGGUCCAACCUUCCACGCAGUGCCAUUUCCACAGAACACAUGGCACAGUCUCUGUAGUACCUGGGGACAUGGGUCAGGCGUGGCUCAAAUAUGGCUGAAUGGCAAACCAUAUGUUAAGAAGUUUGUCACAAAUCAACCCAUCAGUGGUAAACCUAUC